UGAAUAUUCGAACGUAUACGAAGCAUAAAUCAUAGACGAGCUUCAUAUAGCUGUCAAUGCAAGUGUCAUUUUGAUCAUUCGGCCAUUUUUAUAAAAAUGGCGUGACUCGAAACAUCGACCGGCGGAAGUCUCUCUUGGAAAUCUCAUUUUACUAGCGAAAUCACUAAGGAGGAAUGGCGCCUAAAAAAAACUACACGCCUUUCCAAAUGGCACAGGCGAUCGAAGCAGUCAAAAGAGGUGAAAAAAUUGCGACUGCAGCAAAAAAGUUUGGUGUACCCAGAAUCACCUUACAUGACAAAAUUACGGGCAAAACUCCAGUUACAUGUUCAAUGGGUCCUGGUACAUAUUUAUCUACAGAAGAAGAGGCUAUAUUAGAAAAAUGGAUUCUUGAUAUGACUGAUAAACACAUUCCUAUUACCAAAGAUGAAUUGCUCGACAGUGUACAACGAAUUAUCGUUGAUCAUCAGAAAAAUACACCUUUUGCUAACAACAGGCCAGGUAGAAAAUGGUACAAUCUGUUUCUGAAUAGACAUCCUACAUUGUCUGAGAGAAAAGCGCAAAAUUUAAACACGGCACGUGAUGCCGUUACUGAAGAAAACAUAAAAGGUUGGUUUAAAGAGAUAGAAUCCUAUUUAGAAGAAAACGGUCUUAAAGAAGCAUCAGAAGAUCCGGCUCGGAUCUUUAAUACGGACGAAAGCGCUUUUUAUUUGUCACCUAAAGCCGGGAAAGUUCUUGCAAAAAAAGGGGACAAACAUAUCUACCAAUCCUCUGGUGAUGAAAAAGAUAAUUUAACGGUUUUAAUCACCGGGAAUGCCGCUGGUCAAUUAGCUCCUCCUAUGGUUGUGUUUGCCUAUGAAAGAAUUCCGUCUACAAUUUCAUCUCAGUUUCCAGAAGAUUGGGCAAUUGGACGGUCUCCGACUGGCUGGAUGUGCGGCAGCACUUUUUUCGAGUAUAUCGCGAACAUAUUCAAUCCCUGGCUAGUACACCAGAAGAUUGAAAAACCUGUGCUCUUCUUUCUGGAUGGCCAUAGGUCGCACUUGACCCUUCAUUUAUCCAAUUUUUGUGCUGAAAAUGGUAUAGAAAUUAUAGCGUUAUACCCAAACAGCACGCACAUUCUGCAGCCAAUGGAUCUUGCCGUGUUUAGACCUUUGAAAACUUAUUGGGCAAAAGCUGUUAAAGACUGGAAAUUGCAACACCUAGGACAAAAUCUAAAAAAAGAAAAUUUUGCCCCUGUUCUCAACACAGCAUUAGAGUUAAUAACUGAGAGUGCUAUUAGGAAUGGUUUUCGUGCUGGUGGGUUGUACCCCUUUGGCCCAGAUUAUGUUGAUUUAUCUAAAAUAAAAACUCGAUCAAAAUCGGAAGUUUCGACAGAACAGAUUCUUUUCUUUAAUUAUCUAGAAAAAGAUAUAACAACAAAGUUGGGGGCUGAAAAGUUGCAGAUGUUCAAUGAUUUAUUCUUUAGAGACAAAGAAGAGUUGAGUUCUCGUUUGAAUGAAGACCUGUCACUGUAUGUAAUAUGGGCCAGCAACAAACAAAUAGUCGGAAAUUCUGAUCAAGUUAAUAAAUCGAAAGAACCUUCAACACAAUCAUUAGUUGAAGUCCCGAAUCCAACAAAAGAUCCUGCUAUUCCAAUUACAAGUACAUCAACAGACUUAAUUGAAUUUGAUCUGACACCACAACAACACAUUCAGCUAGAUCACGACUAUGUCCACCCAUUUAAUAAUUCUGCUGUCAAUAAUCAUCAAGAAACUAACGAUACGUCACAUAACCCAUUAACUAACGAUGGGCCAAAUUCUCUAAACAUAAAAGAUCCUGUUUUGGUUGCUUUAACUUCCCGCUCCAUAAACGUGUUCCCGGAUAAUAUAUCUUCAGAAGAGAAGACUAACACAGAUUCGCUAGAGACGACCAUGACAAAAUCCAAACAUAAUAACAUAGGGUCUGAGACAUCCAAAACUGACCUAAACGCCGCAGAAGAAGAUGAAGAAAAGAAAGGUAAAAAAAGAAAGUGCAAGGAAAAGAUUCCUUAUGCUAUAACUAGUUCACCAUGGAGAGAUUAUCAUAACCGGAAAGAAAAAGAAAAAAGAGAAAAAGAGGAACAAAAGCAAAUUAAAGCUAAAGAAAGAGAAGAAAAAAGACAAUUAAAACUAAGAGAGUUGGAGAAGAAAAAGGAAAAAAAGCUGAAAGAAAAAAGUAACAUUAAGAUGAAAAAACCCAAUAGGCUAAGAAAAUGGAAACCAAGUGACACGUCUUCGGACAAUACAGAUACUGAAUUAAACUAUGCAGAUAGUGAAGAUAGCUAUAAUGUGGAAAUUGAAGAAGAAAUAACAGACACUGAACGAGCAUCUAAUGAAAAUUCAGAAAGCUCCGAAUCCGAAGACGUCCCACUUAGUAGAUUGUCAAAUAAAAUAAGCAAAUAUGGUAAUGGUGAUUAUGUGAUUCUCAAGUAUGAGGGGGAACAUUUCCCAGGCGUUAUAAAAAAUGUACGCGGAAAUAUGUUUGAAAUUAGCACCAUGAGUUUUUCGUUGAAAAACACUUUCAAGUGGCCGGAAAAAGAAGAUAAAAUCUGGUACCAAGAGUCUGACAUUGUAGAGGCAAUAUCUGAACCAGUAUUAUGUAACAAAAGGGGCUUCUAUACUAUAGCCGAAAUGAAAAAGUAUCAGCUUUUUGAAACUUAAUUUUUAGACUAAGAUUUUUAUUGCUUUAUUCGCAACUUAGCGACUAUCAAGACUACCAUUUUAUAAUUUUAAGCAAUUUAUAGUUUAUUAAGUAAUAACUCUGUGAUUAAAGCUGCCAAUAUAUAUCGUAAGUAAUCACAUAUAAUGUUGAUUAGUUUUGUAUGCCUUUGGCAAGAUCUCCUGAAUGUAAAGACUGGUUGCUAUUAGUUAGACUUAGAAGCUCUAAAGCUAUUUUUUGAUUAUAAUAUUUUAUUAAGAAAACCAUUCUAUUAGCAAGUAAGUAAUCUUAAAAGAUUCUUUACCUGCCCAUUUUGUUAUAAUUGUCAAUGUUGAAAAUAAGUAUAAUUUAUCACUGUUUAUAAAUGAGAGCUUAAAAUAACAAUAUUAAGAGACUGAUUGAAAUUUGUUUUUUAUUCCUAAAUCCUCAUAAUACUUAGGUACAACUCCAGGGGGGUGUUCAACGAAGCUACAAGUUACAAGAAUUUUAAAAAUUUUGGUAGUUCUAAGCUGGAUUAGGAAUAAUUGAUUACUGGACUGUUGAAUAUUGGAUGUCGAUAAAAAGAACAUGUCGAUUAUUAGAUCUCGAUCAUUGGAACACGUCGAUUACUGGUUGUCGGUAAAUGGAUUUCUGUAGUCGAUUACUAGGAAAAAAAAUAUAAAAAUCUAUUUUAGUAUAUCUUUUCAA